CUCAAUAAAUCGACAAUCUAUCUUUUACUAUAAUUCGACUUGAAAAUUUUCAUCUAUAGAAAAUAAACACAUUUUCAAAAUAUGAAUAUGACCCUUGAUUUCAAUAAUCAUGUAUAUAAUCAUCAUGGUUCACUAAAUGGGAGCCAGCAACUAUCAAAACAACAAAAAGUCCAUGAGAUCCGUGAUAAUGAGGUUGGCAUGGGGACCACUCUGAUAGCCCUCAAAUAUGCUGAUGGUGUGGUUGUGGGAGCUGAUUCUCGAACAUCUUCUGGUUCCUACAUUGUGAAUAGAGUGUCUGACAAGUUGACUCGUAUAACUGACCGCAUCUACUGUUGUCGUUCAGGGUCUGCAGCAGACACACAGGCUCUGGCUGAUGCUGCUGCAUAUGAACUUGACUUCUUACGCCAUAACCUUGGAUGCCCAGUGACAGUGGACAUGGCAGCAAAUGUGUUAAAGAAUAUGGCUUACAAUUAUCGUGAUCAACUCACUGUUGGCCUCAUAGUUGCUGGAUGGGAUGCCACCAAUAAGGGAUCUGUCUACUCUAUUCCUCUGGGGGGAAUGAUGACCCAACAAAAUUUUGCAGUUGGAGGGAGUGGGAGCAUAUAUGUUCAAGGACUCAUUGACAAAACCUUUGGCGGUCCGAACAAGUCAAAGGAAGAAUGCGUGGAUUACCUUAAAUCGAUAAUAUUUUCAGCUAUAGCACGUGACGCGGCUAGCGGAGGCGUCGUUAGGAUAGCUGCUAUCAAUAAAGAUGGAGUCGAAAGAUUUCUCUUCAUGUCUGACGAUCACGAACCCAUCUCUUUAAAACAAUCUUCUAAUUAAUGACCUUUUAUCCAUUUUUUAAAUAGAGAUUUGUUAUUUUUAUUUACCAAUUACAAAAAAUAAAUAAAAAUAUUUCUUUUUCGUCUAAAUAAAUAAUAUCUAUUUUUAAAAAAAUAUCGAAUAAAAGUGGUAUAUGGAUAAAA